AUGAGUAUUUCGUGCCGUCGUUGCCAAUCUAGAAAGAUUCGAUGCAACCGAGUCGCCCCCAGAUGUCAGAAGUGUGAAGCCUUCGGGGCCGAAUGUAUCUAUGUGCCACGCAAGCCACGAAACAAGAAACAAGACAACGACAUCGAUCAGAACAGUGUUCUAUCGGAGGUCUUACGCCGCCUCAAACGCUUAGAAGAGCAUUGCAAGUUGGAUGAAUCUUCAGAUGUCAACGAAGAUGGCGGUAGUCCUAUGUCGGUAUCGUCGGUUGAUUCAGACACCGAUAAACCUGUGUCCUCGGACAAGUCCGAUGCGCCUACCAUGCCUGGAGUGAUUCAUGGUGUAUUAAGUCGCAUUCAAGACCCAAAGAGUCGAUCGCUGCUCUUCACCGAUGUCUUUUGUCACCUGCGAUCGGUUGAAUCAUGUUUCUUCGACAAUGAACGCUGCGUGGGGGCUAUUGCUGCUGCAAUGUCUGAAAUUGAACAUCUCCAGAAUGGGGCAGCCGAGGGGCCUCCGGAAAUGUCCGAUUUGCCCAAAGAUUCCUCAAAGAAUGUUAUUCAGAAUUAUUAUGAUUGCUACCAGUUUGAGGGUUUCAAAAUCCCCCUAGAGAAGAGCUUCCUGCUAUCGAUCCCUGACCUACUCGAAAAUCCUCACGUUCAACUUGACUGUACUUCCCAAAUCAUCUACCAUACCGUUCGUCUUCAGGGAAUGGUAUUGGAUCCCAGCUUUAACAAGGAUGACGGCAGCCAGAUCAGACAUCUUUACGGAAAGUGCUUGGACCUCAGCACCCUCUGGCUAGAGAAUAUUCAAAACACCUAUGCCGAUCUUUUCGUCGCUAUAUCCAUGGCGCUAGAAGCAUGCGAUAGCGAAGUAGCUUGGAAGAUGCUAGGUCAUGCUUGCGCAAUUGCGAAGGCCUUGGGAUACUUCUUCGUCGACGGGAACCCAGAAGACACAGAUGAUCAGUCUCCUCUAGCACAAGGAUCCACGAUUGACGAAAGUGAAACAGAAAAAAACAGAAAGCGGUUUGAGUUCUGGCAUCUGCUUCGAACGGACUGUCUGUUCCGACUCUCCUUCGGCAAGCCCACUUUGAUACCGACCGGGUCCUGGAAGGUCAAUUUUCCAGAUCCAACCAUCAAUGGGAUCGAUUAUGAAGCCUCUCGUUUCGUCCAAAUUCAUUUCCUGGCUUCUAUGCGACAUGCUUUGGUCGUGAUGAAGUACCUGGACUGGAUGGACUCCGGACCGAAUCUAGAUCCGGUCUUGCACGAUGCAACGAUUGAUAGCUUCCUUCAGGAGGUGCAGUUGAUUAUGUCGGAUUGGAACGCCGUAAGAUAUAGCCCGCAGAAGUUUGUUGCGUAUGCUGACAUGGAAAAGGACGAGCUCUUUCGGAUGGCCAAGACACAGGUAGACACCUGGUUCUGCGUGGACAUGGUGUUUACCAGUUACAAGUUUCUCAUUGUUCUUCAUCAGUCAAAGAGAUGUGACCGCGAUAAAGAUCGGCUGUCACAUCAAACUAUAGAUAUCGCCAGAAAAUCGAUCCAAAUGUUCCAAUUUCUGAUGGGAACAUCAUCGCACGCAUGUUGGGGUUUAAGUCUCAUACUACUACAGCAGUUCAUCCCAUUCCUCAUCAUUUGUUUGAGUAUCAUUAGGAAUUCCGAGCCUUCUGAUAUCGAGACAGAUCUCACUUCAGUGACCUGGAUCUAUGACUACGUUGAAAAUAUUGUGAAGAACCGAACGGAGCUACGACCUGUGAUGAUUAUUAUGAAGGCUAUAAUUGUUGCUUGCCAUCAAAGCCGAAGUUACCAGCUUGAGUCUUCGAUGUCAGGUAAUGCAGGAGCCGAGUAA